GACGUGUCCGGCGAGAACCAGGACAACGUAGCCAGUGAUACGACGGAAGAUACGAAAGCUAGAUGGAUCAUAGCUUGCGAUGACUGUGAAAAGAAGUUCAAGAGCAAGAAAGAAGUUGAGAAUCAUUGCCGGCUCUCCGGUCAUCUAGCCUUUUCCGAGAUACCCAAUGAACAAACCGACGAGAAGAAUCCUCUCACGGAAGAGGAAAAGGCAGCAAGGCUAGAAUUGACGCAGGAGAAGGUUCCACUAACGGAGGAAGAAAAGGCGGCAAAAUUGGAAGAACUGCGCAUUAAGAGUCGGGAGAGAAAGGCAAAGCAAGCCAUCAUUGAUCUUGAGGAGCAAAGAAAGAACGAGAAAAUUCGUCGGAAAUCAACCAAAGAAGUGCAAGAUGCUAAAGAGGACCUUGCUCGACAGGAGCAAAUGAAAAUUGCGGCUAAAAAGCGCCAGGAAAAACUCGAUGACAUAGCAGCAAAGAAACGUGUCCAAGAAAAGAUUGCUGCUGAUAAAGAGGCCCGCCGACUCAGGAUUGAGGCUUCUCAGGUACAACGAGAGUGUCAGCCGACGCCCGCCAAAUCCCCUACCAUACCUGCUACCGCAAAUAAAUUACCAACUUCUGUUUCUACGGUCAAAGAUGCCCGUCUUCGGCUUGUUACCGCGGUUGGAACGUUGACGAAGACUUUUUCAGUCGAAACUACUCUCUUUGAGGUAGGGCAGCAGAUCGAGCUUGAGGUUGGUGGACCGAUCACAAGCUUUACCACAACAUAUCCCAAGAAGACUCUGUCCGGAAAUAUUGAUUUCGGAAUGACACUCAAGGAAGCUGGUCUUCUACCUUCAGCAGUAUUGAUCGUAGCAUAA